AAGAACUUUCAUUUUGUGAUCGGCAACUCUCUUGUAAUUUCAAAAUCACCCAUUAAUCGUUUUCAAAUUUGCUUCACUAAUUUAUCAAUAAUUAUGUUUGUUGCUACCGGCAAUGAAUAUGAACCCUCCUCCGUGCAAUGGUCACAGCUUUGCCGUCACUUCGAGUUUCACGAAAUUCUUACAACAACAAAAAACUUUGACGAAUCAUUAGUAGUUGGGCGUGGAGGUUUUGGGAAAGUUUACAAAGGUAACAUUAAAAAUGGAUCGACUGUUGUCGCUGCCGCCAUUAAACGAUUGGAUAGCAUGUCGAAUCAAGGGGCAUCCGAGUUCUGGGCUGAAGUAGAAAUGCUUUCGAAGUUGCGUCACUGUCAUCUUGUGUCUUUGAUUGGUUACUGUAAUCACGAAACGGAGAUGAUUCUGGUCUAUGAGUAUAUGCCACGUGGAACACUUGCAGAUCAUCUCCAUAAACUUGGUACACCUCUUUCUUGGUGUCAGCGACUCAGGAUUUGCAUAGGUGCCGCUCGUGGGUUAGACUACCUCCAUACAGGUACGGGUAUAGAGUUUGGUAUCAUACAUCGAGACGUAAAGAGCUUCUCAAAUAUUUUGUUAGACGAAAACUGGGCUGUUAAAGUUUCGGAUUUCGGGUUGUCUAUAGUAAGCCCAAAGAAUCAGGCAUCGACUUAUGUCAACACGCUUGUUAAAGGCACUUUUGGUUAUAUCGAUCCAAAUUAUUUUGCAACCGGAAAGUUGACAAGGAAGUCUGAUGUGUAUGCUUUUGGCGUGGUAUUAUUGGAAGUGUUAUGUCGGAAGAGGGCGGUUGAUAAUAGUCUUGAUUGCGGAAUAGCAACAUGGGCUCAAGACUCUAUCAAAGCAGGUCGCUUGAAGGGUAUAGUGGAUUCUGAUAUAAGGCGUGAAAUAUCCACAAAAUGUUUGAAGCAAUUUGCUAAAAUAGCGGAAAGAUGUUUGGAUAAUUAUCCAAAGAAUCGUCCUACGAUGGCUGAGGUUGUCCUUAGUCUAGAAUAUGUGCUGACCUUACAAGAGAACACCUAUAAUUUGUCGCAAACUGCCAGUAAGACAAUAUUUGGCAGGAUGGUUGAUAAGUUUUCGUUCAGCGAUAGUGGACAGAACUCAGGUAUGGAUAUUGGAUCAUUCAUGCCCAAGAAGCCUUAUAUGAACUUAGGAUCCCUCACGCCCAAGAGGUGGAAGCAACUUACGCCUAGAGAAAAAUUCUUCCAGAAAAAUGGCGCUCUAUUAUUGGAAGAUAAACUAAAAAGCGGUGUUGGUUCCAUAAAACUUUUUCAAGCAGAAGAGCUAGAAAAAGCGACUAUGAAUUUUGCAGAAAGUAUGAUUAUCGAAAGAGGUGGUGGUACUGGCAUUGUGUACAAGGGAAUACUAUCAGAUAACCGUGUGGUAGCAAUCAAGAGGUCCAGAACAUUGGACGAAGAACAAGUGGAGCCAUUUAUGAAUGAAAUUGUAAUUCUUGGACAAAUUAAUCACAGGAACGUGGUGCAACUUUUAGGAUGUUGUUUGGAAACCGAGGUCCCGUUGCUUGUUUGUGAAUUUGUUUCUAGUUACAAUCUUUACCAUCACAUUCAUCAUAAUACAAGCAGCACCGGAAGAUUUCCAUUGGAUAGCCGUUUAAGAAUAGCACAUGAAUCGGCCGGUGCACUUGCUUAUCUUCACUCAGAUGCAACGACGACGAUCAUACAUAGAGACGUGAAGUCAGCUAACAUUUUAUUGGAUGAAAAUUACACCGCAAAAGUUGCAGAUUUUGGUGCAUCAAAGUCACUACCGUUGGGUCAUGACCAAGUGUUUACAGUAGUUUAUGGGACGUUAGGUUACAUGGAUCCUGAAUAUAUGAUUACUGGUCAACUAACCGAUAAAAGUGAUGUGUAUAGCUUUGGAGUGGUUCUUGCAGAACUCCUGACAGGAUUAAAGCCAAUUGAUGAAGAAGAUAAAAAUCUUGCAACGGUUUUCGUGCAGGCAAAGAGGGAAGAUCGGUUGCGUGAGAUUGUUGAUCGUCAAGUUUUAGAGGAGGUGACUGAUGAGCAGCUAGACGCAGCAUGUAACCUUGUUUGUAGAUGCCUUGACAGAGAAAGUCGGAAUAGGCCUAGCAUGAAAGAAGUUACCGUAGAGCUUGAAAGAUUAAGAAGGCUUAAAUUGUAUAACCUCUAUCUUGUUUAA